UUGUGUACAUCUGCGGGCCCCUGGAGACUUUCCUCAGCAUCAUGAAACUGUUUCAGAGCGAGAUCCAGGACCCAGAAAACUACGCUAUUUUCUAUCUGGACGUGUUUGCGGAGAGCUUGGCCGAAGGGAAACCGUGGCAGAACUCCGACCCCGACUGGGCCGAUCCCAUCAAGGUCUUCAAGUCUGUUUUCGUCAUUACGUACCGGCCUCCUGAUAAUCCUGAGUACAAAGACUUCCAGAGGAAACUCCAUGCCAGAGCUCAGAGGGAUUUCGGUGUGCACUUGGAACCAUCAUUGAAGGACUACAUCGCCGGCAGCUUUUAUGAUGGAUUUGUUCUUUACGCGAUGGCCUUGGAGGAAACGCUGGCAGACGGCGGAGCGCAGAACGAUGGGAUCAACAUUACGAUGAGGACGCAGAACCGCAGAUUCUGGGGAGUGACGGGACUUGUUACCACAGACCAAAAAAAUGCCAGGGAUAUAGACGUCAACCUGUGGGCGAUGACCAAUCAGGAGACGGGAGAGUACGGGAUUGUGGCAUACUACAAUGGAACCAACAAAGACAUAAUUUGGUCCCAGACAGAGAAGAUCCACUGGCCCAACGGGGGUCCACCACUCGAUAACCCGCCCUGCGUGUUCUCCACAGACGACCCCUCCUGCAAUGAUGGUCAUCUGCCAGUUCUGGGUAUCGUAGCUGUGGGAUCCGGCUUAGCACUCAUCAUCUUUGGAAUCUCCAGUUUCCUGAUUUACAGGAAACUGAAGCUGGAGAAAGAGCUGGCUGGAAUGCUGUGGAGGAUUCGGUGGGAGGACCUUCAGUUCGAGAGCCCCAAUAAAUACUACAAACGGGCGGGCAGUCGCCUCACCCUCUCACAGAGAGGCUCCAGCUACGGCUCCCUGAUAACUGCCCAUGGAAAAUAUCAGCUAUUUGCAAAAACGGGCUAUUUUAAGGGGAACCUGGUGGCCAUCAAGCAUGUGAACAAGAAGAGGAUAGAGCUGACAAGACAAGUUUUACUGGAACUCAAACAUAUGAGAGACGUUCAGUUCAACCAUCUAACCAGGUUCAUCGGAGCCUGCAUCGACCCUCCCAACAUCUGCAUCGUCACCGAAUACUGUCCCAGAGGCAGCCUGCAGGACAUUUUGGAGAAUGAGAGCAUCAACCUGGACUGGAUGUUCCGCUACUCUCUGAUCAAUGACAUAGUGAAGGGAAUGAACUAUCUCCACAACAGCUACAUUAGCUGCCACGGAAAUCUGAAGUCAUCUAAUUGCGUGGUGGACAGUCGAUUUGUUUUGAAAAUCACGGAUUAUGGCUUGGCCAGCUUCCGCUCGUCCUGCGAAAACGAUGACACGCACGCACUCUAUGCAAAGAAGAUGUGGACCGCUCCCGAGCUACUCAUAUACGACCGCCAUCCUCCUGAAGGCACUCAGAAGGGGGAUGUGUACAGCUUUGGCAUCAUACUGCAGGAAAUAGCCCUGAGGAAUGGACCGUUUUAUGUGGAGGGCAUGGACCUCAGCCCCAAAGAAAUCGUCCAGAAGGUGAGGAACGGUCAGAAGCCGUACUUUCGGCCGACGACGGACAACAAGUGCCACUCUGAGGAGCUGACCAUCCUGAUGCAGGGCUGCUGGGCCGAAGACCCCGCGGAGAGGGCAGACUUCGGCUACAUCAAGAUCUACAUGGCCAAACUCAACAAGGAGGGCAGCACCAGUAUUCUUAACAACCUGCUGUCCAGGAUGGAGCAGUAUGCCAACAACCUGGAGAACCUGGUGGAGGAGCGAACACAAGCCUACCUGGAGGAGAAAAGGAAAGCGGAAAACCUCCUCUAUCAAAUUUUACCACAUUCAGUAGCGGAGCAGCUGAAACGAGGGGAGACGGUUCAGGCAGAAGCCUUCGACAGCGUCACCAUUUACUUCAGCGACAUUGUGGGCUUCACGUCCAUGUCUGCAGAGAGCACGCCUCUAGAGGUUGUCACAUUGCUCAAUGAUCUGUACACCUGUUUUGACGCCAUCAUCGAUAACUUCGACGUAUACAAGGUGGAGACGAUCGGCGACGCCUACAUGGUGGUGUCCGGGCUGCCGGUGCGGAACGGGAAGCUGCACGCCAGAGAGAUCGCUGGGAUGUCGCUGGCGCUGUUAGAGGAGGUCAAAACGUUCAAGAUCCGGCACAGACCCAACGACCAGCUGAGUCUCAGGAUAGGAAUACACACAGGGCCAGUUUGUGCCGGAGUGGUCGGCUUGAAAAUGCCCAGAUACUGUUUGUUUGGAGAUACUGUCAACACGGCAUCUCGAAUGGAGUCCAACGGAGAAGCCUUAAAGAUCCACUUAUCCUCGGCCACCAAAGAAGUGCUGGAUGAGUUUGGAUACUUUGAUCUCCAGUUACGAGGAGAUGUAGAAAUGAAGGGCAAAGGCAAAAUGAGAACGUAUUGGCUUCAAGGGGAGAAGACUGAUAUGUAUGUUGUCUGAGAGGCCUGCUGAUAACGUGGCAGCGGCGGAGACGACAGCAGGAGCUCCGGUGGCCGAGCCAGCCACUUCUUUAUUUGUUCUAGAAUAAGUCCUUAUUGGUUAUUUCCGUGCAAAGGAAAACAGAACGACACCAAACGACAAAACCAGAGGGAAUUCCAGGUAUAUUUACUACCUGCAAACUGCAACUGCAAAAAAGAAGAAAAAAGUAUUGUAAAAGAAGAUCCUUUAUGUCUGGAAAGUGUGUACUUUUCACUGAUACAUUCUUAUUUUUUGUGCCUUCUAUAUUAAGAUUUGUAUAAUGUGUUUGGAAGUCAAUGAUGUAUUAAUAUUUACAUAGAAGUUUGGAGGCACGGCUUUUGCCAUUGAUGUCACUGCAGGGGUUCAUAAACCGUGUUACACAGUACAAGAUAAUAUGUAUAUAUGUAUAUCCAAGAUACUGUAAGAUAUUUUGUUCAAUAAACUGAGUAAAACACUCUUUUUUCCAUUCA